AUGAACUAUUCUAACUAUUCUGAGAAACACAAACGAAGUAUAUCUCCUAUUUUGGAGAAAACUAGUGAAGGCAGUAAGAUGAUUCAUCAUAAUAGAGGAAACUAUAUCAGACAUCUUGAAUCGUAGUUGGAAAGAGCAGCAACAAUAGAUUAUGAGGGGUGUGAAUAAAGGAUGAGAGGAAUAGAAUAAUUGAUUGAGGUCAUGAUGAGAGUUGAAGAUUUGAUAAAGUUAUGA